AUGAGUGUCUUCAGCAACAAGACAUCUGCCAGUGAAUCGCACAGCGCCGACCGCAUCUACGAGCCCCUUCCCAUACCUCGACUCGCGGAGAAUCACUCAGGCCCUCCGAAGGAGCUCGAGCUCACGGAAGAGCAGCAAAAGGUGUUUGACGCGGUGCUCAGCCACUUUGCGGCGGAGGACUAUGAACUUCCAUGCGAGGAGGAUAGGUCAUUGAAGGAGGCGGAGAAGUUCUGGCUGACAUGGGAUUGUAUACACAGAUACUGCCGCGCAGUGAAGUGGGUAUCGGCCAAGAGUGCAAUCAAGCGACUCGAAGAGACCCUCAUAUGGCGCCGAGAGUAUGGUGUAUAUGACAUGAUCACCGCAGACCAUGUCGAGCCUGAGGCCCUGACAGGCAAGAUGAUCAUCUUUGGGUACGACAAAGACGGUCGGCCAGCGCUGUAUCUCCGCCCGAGUAAGCAGAACACGGAGGAGAAUCCUAAGCAGCUACACUUCGUCGUAUGGGCUCUGGAACGGUGCGAGGAUCUGAUGGGCCCUGGCAUCGAGAAUAUUGCCCUCAUGGUAGACUUCGCUGACCGGGCGAAGAACCCGUCCUUACAAACCUCGCGAGCGACCCUCAACAUUCUCCAAGGUCACUACCCCGAACGCCUCGGCCGCUCGCUCAUCGUCAACGUCCCCUGGCUCGUGCACGCCUUCCUCAAGAUGAUCACGCCCUUCGUCGACCCGCGCACGCGCGAGAAGAUGCGCUUCAAUCCGGACUGCAUCAAGGAGGGCCUCUUCGCGCCCGACAUGCUCAUGCGUGAGUGGGGCGGCGAGUGCGACUUCGAGUACGACCACGCGCGCUACUGGCCCGCAGUCGUCCGGAUGUGCGACGAGCACAGGCAGCGCAGGCUGGAAGAGUGGCGGGCGAUGGGCGCCAAGGUCGGCAUUCGGGAGUGGGAUAUCAAGAUCAAGGAGGUGCAAGGGAGGGUGAGAGUGAGGCGAUCCGGGAGGGGCAGGAUGAGAAGGAGGACGUGGUGGUCGCAGAUCGGUCGGAGGCUGCUACCCUGUCUGAUGGGGUGA